CACGGCUUUGGGUAAAAUUAAAGCUUAAAGGUGAUCAACAUUUCUUGCUUGCUCAAAUGUUUGUUGUAGUCACAAACUAUGACAUAGGAGCAAAAGUGCACGAGCCUCACCCUUUCUUUUAUGGAUUAAACAAAUGACAGAUUAAAACAAGCAAGUACCUCCUUUUGUCCCACCAUCCAAUCAGAUAUCAUCCAAGAUGGCAUUGCAAAUCGCUCCGGGUUUCACGCCUCUUCACUCUUUUCUUGGUGGAUUGAUGUUAGCAAGUGGUGUUCAUGCUAUGUUGCGUGAACUAGGAAUGGUAUUAGGGAUAAGUGGAUUCUUUCAUACGAAUGUCAGAAACAUGUGUAUUGACACAGAAGCAAAAGAGGAGCAAUCAAAUCACAAACAAGACCCACAAAAGAUUCAUCACAGCAUUUCACCCGAAGAUGACGCAAUCCAACAAUCAGACAAUGCAAACGCAUCAUCGUCAAGGUUAUUCAUUCAUGGCUUAAUUGCAGGAGGCGCUUUGUUGGCAGCAUCAAGGACGCCACUAGAAAUAGGCUUGGGGAUGCCCAUCUUUGAUGCUCAUGAUAUCAAAUUCCAAAUCGGCAAAGGACUCUCAGCAGGAAUCCUUAGCCAACAAGCAGUAGAAAGAUUCGUGCCUGUCGCACUUUGGGGCCUUUUGGUUGGAUUAGGGACAAAGAUCGGAAAUGGAUGUACUUCAGGGCACUUCUUAUGUGGUCUUUCUCGAUUAUCAUUCCGAUCUAUAGCAGCCACAGCGACAUUCUUUAGUAUUGCUGUCCUUACAAACGUGCUCGUCAAUCCAGUCAAACCGUUUACCAGAAAAGCUAUCUUGGCUGCUCAGACUGACCUGCCAAGCUUAUGGGCUGUCCUAUUGAUGCAAAUACCGGCUGUAUUUUAUCUGUUCAUCAUACCGUAUUUCGUGAAAGCGAAAGCAGAAAAGAAAGGCGUAACGGAGGAUGAGCUCAAGGCUACGCACGAACAAGCAGGCAAGGCAUCCUCCUUUUUGAUCGGAUUACACUUUGCACUAGGACUGGCAAUGACUGGAAUGUUGAGACCGUCAAAAGUAUUGGGAUUUUUGAACCUUUCGCCUGAUCGUAUCAGAUCAGGUCACUGGGAUCCAUCGCUGGCCUUUGUUGCUUUGGGUGGAAUCGUUGCAAGCAGUAUAGGCUGGUUCGCAGAUGUGAAGCCGAGGGUAGAGAGAAGCAAAACGAAAUCAGCCACGACAGAAGACAAGCCUUUGUAUUGGCGUAGUUCACCUAAAUGGAGAUUGCCAAAUCGAAAAAGUAUCGAUAUCAAAUUAAUCUUUGGCUCGGUCUUGUUCGGAAUAGGAUGGGGCGUUACAGGAUUAUGUCCCGGUCCUGCUCUCGUUGGAUUUGGAGCUUCAACUUUACCUGCACCGCAAGAUUCAAACGCUCUUGUUCAUUUAGCCAAUCGAGGCAUCUUUGUUGGUGCUGUCGGAUUAGGCGGUCUGAUUGCGGGCAACUUUGUAUGAUUGCAUUUUACCUCUCUCUCUCUCUCUCUUUCUUGUAUUCUUUUAUUUAUAUACCAUAAUGCUAUCAUUCAGUCAA